AUGACGGAAAAGCAUUAUGUGUUAUUUUCAACUUUGAUGACCUUUAGCAAUCAAGCUAAUAAUGUGGCUGAAGCCAGUUUUGUUAUUGCCUGGAAUAUUGCUCGUGCAAAACGCCCGUAUGCAGAGGGAGAGUUUAUUAAAAAAAACUUGGAAGGUGUACUCAAAGUUUUAGAUCCAAAUAAUGCAGCAUUGCACAAAAACUGUAUUGCAUUCAGCUUAGCCCUUGACGAAUCGACAGAUAUCACAGAUCUUCCACAAUUGGCAGUUUUCAUACGUUUUGUUUCACCUGAUUUCGUUGUUAAAGAAGAAUUAUUAGAUUUAGUAGCACUUCAAGAGUCAACCCGCGGUGUCGAUAUUAAAAAUGCAUUAGAUUCCAUAAUGAAAACUUUUGAUGUGCCUCUUAAUAAACUUGUAAGCAUUGCAACUGAUGGAGCUCCGGCAAUGCUGGGUAAAAAAAUCGGUCUUAUUGGGCUUUUAAGAGAUGAUUCUCAAAUUCCACAAUUUAUACCGAUUCACUGCAUAAUUCACCGAAAACAUCUGGUUACAAAAUAUUUAAAAUAUCCUGAUGUUAUGAAAACAGUAUUACACAUUGUAAAUUACAUUCGCACCAAUGCAAAAAAUCAUCGAGAAUUCCAAAAUUUCCUUGAAGAAUUAAAGGACGAAGAACUUCCAAAUGACAUUAAUUUCUUUUGCAUUGUUAGAUGGUUAUCUAGCUACAACGUAUUAAAUCGUUUUGUAGAUUUGUUUGAUCCAAUAACUGCAUUUCUAAAAAAAAAGGAAAUAACUUAUUCUGAAUUAGACGAUGACGAGUGGUUACAAGACUUGAUGUUUUUGACUGAUGUCUUGGAACAUUUGCAAACACUGAAUUUACAAUUGCAGGGGAAAGAUAAAAUAAUAUCUGACCUCUCACAGU